GCUCAGCUUUUUGUGCGCACACACGCAGACCUGCGGCGGCGGCGGCGGCGGCGGCGCACAGCUGGACUCUCGCGCGCUCACUUUUUUUUAUUCUCGCUUUUAGUCAUUUUUUUCCUGACAUAUGCGCGUCUCGCGUCUCCUGCUGGCUAUGAUGAAUUCACUGUAGGCUCUGGACACCGCGGCCGUCUUGGACCUGUAUUCUUGACGUCGUAGUUUGUGCGUGUAUUUAUAUGUAGACAGAUAGAUAUUUUUUUCAGUGUCGCCCGUCGCAAAGGAUUUAAGUUGAACAUGUCGCGGACCAUGGAGGAGGUGAACAAGCUCACUGAAAGUACAUACAAGAAUGUGAUGGACCAGUUCAACCCAGGACUGAGGAACCUGAUCAACUUGGGCAAGAACUAUGAGAAAUCAGUGGCCGCAACGACCCAGGCGGGAAAGCUGUAUUUUGACGCGCUGGCGAGGAUCGGGGAGAACGCCGCGGCGUCGCCUGUCUCCAGGGAACUGGGUAUCGUGCUGAUGGACAUCUCCGACGUGCACAGGAAGGUUCAGCUGGAGACGGAGGAAAACUUCAAGAAGUUCCACAGGGAGAUAAUAACUGAGCUGGAGAGGAAGACCGACAUGGACGUCAAAUACAUGACCGCCACGUUCAAGAAGUACCAGAUGGAGCACAAGAUCAAGCAGGACUCCCUGGAGAGGUGCCAGUCGGACCUGAAGAAGCUGAGGAGGAAGAGCCAAGGCAAGAACGCCAUCAAGUACGAGAGCAAGGAGAGCGAGUGCCUGGAGACGCUGACGGGCCGACAGAUGGACAUGCAGCACUUCAUCGCCGACGGCUACAAGGAGGCUCUGCUAGAGGAGAAGAGGCGCUUCUGCUUCCUGGUGGACAAGCACUGCAUGCUCUCCUACCAGGUCGCCUCCUUCCACGACAAGGCCAGAGACAUCCUGACGACGAAGCUGGGCAGCUGGCAGGACCAGUGCAACGACGCCACCACGCUGCCCGACAGCAUCCUGACGAUGGUGGAGGGGCUGCGCACGCGGGUCUCCCUCACGCCGAUGCCGUCGCCGUCGCCGUCGCACCGCAGCCUGAACAUGGGUCCUCCGCCGGCUCCGGCUCAGAAGGCUCAGACCAGCCCUCUGGCCAACAUGUUCAGCCCGGUGAACAACACGAGCAGCCCCGGUCCCACCGGCACCACCGGCACCACCGGCACCACCGGCACCACCGGCGGCACCACCUCCAACCACCACACAGAGCCCGAGGAGAGCAACCUGGGCAGGUCCGUUUCCGUGGCGACGGGUCUCAAUAACAUCGUGAAGAGGCCGCGCGUGCGCACCAUCUUCCCCCACUCGGCCGGCAACAACAGCACGCUGCUCAGCUUCGACGAGGGCGACGUCAUCAGCCUGCUCAUCCCCGACGAGAGGGACGGAUGGAUGUACGGCGAGCUGGAGAAGACCGGCAGGAGGGGCUGGUUCCCUUCAUCGUACUGCUGUGCGCUGUCGGAGUCGCUCGUGAAUAACAACAGUGUGUCGUCGGCGCCGUACCGCAGCCGGAGCGUGGUCGACCUGCACCACCAGGACACGGAGACGGACGAGGCCACCAUGGUGCUGCCGCCGGCGGACUACUGCGACAGCCCCGGCCGUGGCCCCGUCGCCGCGGGCAACGCUGUGGCCGUGAACCACGCCCACCACUCGCCCACUCCCUCGUCGGGCUCGUCCGACCACAACGCGGCCAACGGCAUUGGAAGGCCUCCACCCGCGUUCCUCGCGGGAGGGAACCCGUUCGCCACGGUGAGACUACGUCCGACCGUCACCAACGACCGCUCGGCACCGGUCAUCUGACGUCUCCGCGUUGCCGGCUCUUGUUCAUCGUCCGCCCAGGACGUGCGGAGGGACGUGGAGGGAAAAAUGCCACUUGAAUCUCCUCAAUGCUGCUCAUAUGGAAGUAUUCUGGGACCUUUUUAAUUACAGAGCAGAUGUUCCCAUAUUUAACAUAUAGAUUUUCUAUGCCUAUUUCUAUUUCUUCUGUUUGUGGUGGUGUUAUGACCACCUACCUGCAUUCAGAAAGAGACAAAUAAAAAUGGUCAAAGAGAAUGUUGCAAUGCAUUAAUGCUGUUUGCUAUUUGCUCACGGUCAGAAUGACUGUUAGUUCUCCUCCCUGUUGCCAUAGGACAGUAGAAGAAUGGACGUCUGCAUGACUCCUGCAGGUCCUUUCCAUUACAUUUGCAACUAGUGUCAAAACUAACAUGACUUUGACUGUUGCUGCAAGAAAAAGCUGCAGUGAUUUAGAAAGAUGCAUUUAAAAAAGACAAGAGAGUGAGCAUGGAGCCCCCGUAUAUUGUAAAUAUAUAUAUUUGCACAACUGAUGCUAGAUGAAUAUUCAAUUCUCAAGAGCUAGACGAUUCUGGAGACCAAACUUUUGCCUUAACGACACAACAAUUAGUGUUAAAUGUAAUUUACCUGUUGCAUUGACUUUCAUUUCGUGUGUGUGUGUGUGUGGCCACAUUCCACUCAUAACAGAAAUUGUCAUAUGGAAAAAUAAAGAUUUAUUUCUUCAA